AUGGAAUCAGCCAGCGCCAGCGCACAGGCUUUGAGAGAGCAAAUAGCUGCGACAGAAGCUCGUCUUCAGAAGCUGAAGGAUGAAUUAGCCCAAGUGGAAGCUUCUGAUGCAGCACGAUAUCUGAAUGGUUUGUCGCUGAACGGCGGUCCCGUGACUCCGCAGAAUGGCAGCGCCAAAUGGCCACUGUUGAAUGAGGAAUAUCAAAGAUAUGGAAGGCAGAUGAUAGUCCCUAGUAUUGGCAUUCAAGCAGGCCAACUCCGUCUGAAAUCCUCCUCGGUCCUUAUCAUCGGAGCUGGUGGCCUAGGAUGUCCAGCUGCUGCAUACAUUGCUGGCGCUGGUGUAGGCACCAUAGGAAUCGUGGAUGGUGAUACGGUUGAGACAUCGAAUCUACACCGUCAAAUACUGCACAGUACGAGUAAAGUAGGGAUGCGGAAAGCCGAAUCUGCCAUCAGCUAUCUGAAAUCACUGAACCCAAACCCUACCUACAUCGCGCAUACCGAGCAUAUCUCUCCCCAAAAUGCCCAGGAGAUUGUAGAAAGAUAUGAUCUGGUGCUCGAUUGCACAGAUAACCCCGCAUCUCGCUACCUCAUCUCAGACGUCUGCGUUCUUCUCUCCAAACCGCUGGUUUCCGCGUCUGCACUUCGCACCGAUGGCCAGCUGAUAGUUCUCAAUUCUCCCCCUUUGCCACCCGGCAAUGAGGCAGGAGGGCCUUGCUACAGAUGCGUGUUCCCGAAACCUCCACCCGCGGAAAGCGUGGUGAGUUGCGGGGAUGGAGGUAUUCUGGGCCCGGUGGUGGGCGUCAUGGGUGUUCUCCAAGCGGUGGAAGCUAUCAAGAUUAUCGUCGAGGGGAAGUUGGCCCCUAGCCCAGAGAUCCAAGAGGGAUUGAAGGCCACGCCAACGUCCAUGCUGCUCUUCUCAGCGCUCAGCCCACAACCGUUCCGAAGUGUAAGGUUACGAUCCAGGAGACCAGGAUGCUUCGCUUGUUCUAAGGACUCGGGCUUGAGUUUAGAGGGCUUACAAAGUGGCAGUUUGGAUUAUGUCCUUUUUUGCGGCCUUGCCUCAUCGGCUAAUGUCUUGACCCCCGAGGAGAGGAUAGAGGCAGCCGAAUAUGCCAAGAUCAGAGAGAGGGAGCACUUACUAUUGGAUGUCAGGGAGAAGGUGCAGUUUGAUAUAUGCCACCUUGAUGGGAGUAUCAAUAUCCCUUUCUCAGCCUUCCAGGGCGGGGCUAAAGCCGAGAAUGAUGGAAAAGUCCCGACUUGGCUACCGGAGUCAUUGCCCAAGGAGGCGCCGAUAUAUGUUGUCUGCAGAUUGGGAAAUGAUAGUCAGGUUGUGACGAGGAAACUAAAAGAGAGUGGGCUAGAUUCUGGUGGGAAGAGGUGGAUAGGGGAUAUACGGGGUGGACUUAAGGCUUGGAAACAGCAAGUCGAUGAGAAUUGGCCUGAAUAUUAA